AGAGAGAGAAGGGGUGCAUAAUUGAUAGGAUAAUUUAAUGGCAGCAUCGAAGAAAUAUGUUGUAUUGAUAUGUAUGUUCAUAGCGGCGUCUUCGAUUCGAUACGUAGCUUCUUCGUCUUCAUCAGCGUCUGUAUGUACAUCAAGGUGUAGUCCUCAAUCCAAUAAGUUUAUCCACGAUCUACAGUUUCAAUGCCCCACUACGAUCUCUUCUUCUUCGCCUCUUGAGAUGGAUGGGGAAUCUCUUGACAGAGCUUUUAGCUCUGGUCAUAUACAUGUAUAUACUGCCGUUUUGCUCUACGCCUCCGGAUGCCCUUUUUCAAGUGUUGUUCAAACCAAGUUUGCUGCCCUCAGUUCAAUGUUUCCUCAAAUCAAACAUGUAAUCAUUGAACAAUCUUCAGCCAUGCCAAGUAUUUUUUCGAGAUAUGGAAUUCAUAGCUUGCCCUCAAUAUUGAUGGUGAAUCGGACGACCAGGGUGCGGCAUCAUGGUCCAAAAGAUCUCUGUUCCUUUGUGCACUUCUAUAAGAGAACUACAGGACUUGACCCAGUAGUGGAUUUGAUUGAAGAUCAAGGGAGCUACUCAGACAGUGGUCAUAAACUGUUUCCCUCUUGGAAAGGGAACUCUUUAAAGGAGAUAUUGAUGAGGGAACCUUACCUAGUUUUCUCAGUAAUGUUUCUCUUUUUCAGGGUACUCCUAUAUUUCUUCCCAGAGAUAAUACAUCAUGUAAUUGCUUUGUGGUCCACUUUCGUACCACAUCUAAAUGUGAGAAUCUUUGGAGAGUCGAGCCAGAUUUUGGGGCGUGUUCUCUACUUGAUCGAUGUAAAGAGAGUUUGGUGUAAACUGAAGCUGUGUAAAACCAGAAAAUUCCAUGAUGGAGCUAGAAGUGCUCGGGUUUGGGCAUCAUCCUUGGCAUCUGUCUCAUUGGGUGAGACUUCGUCGCCAAGAUUGUCUGCCUCGGUGGACUCCUAAAAUUUGUAUGAGUGGGCAAACCAACAAGAAGGAUGAACUUGGCUUGGAUUGUGAGGAGGGUUUUCACUUUUUGUUUGUCAUACUUUCCUUGCAUGUUUCUUUUUCUUUUUCUUUUUUCUUGUAUUUUCUUAUAGUAUUUAUCUAUAUCAGAAAAAACUGAAGGUGUUACUUGUGUUUCAAAGCAAUAUACCAAAGAUGUAAAUUUGAGAACAUUAAUCUUUUGUGUAUAU